CCGGCCUCCAGCCGCAGCUCGGGAGGCCCCGGGCUGCCGGGACUCCUCAGCCGGUUCCUCUCGCGGCCCAAGGCCUCGUCGCUGCAGAGGUGCUGAGUGCCCGCCCCUCGGAGGGACACCCUGAGGGGGCCCGGAGCCUUGCUCCCCGCAGGAGGGAGCGGAGACCUGGUCUCUUCCCCUCGCAGGGCGCCCGAGUGGCCCGGCACUGGAUGCCGGGGACUAGCUGCCGGGUAGAGCGAUGCUCAGACGUGAGAGCCGGGUACAUCUGCCCCGCGAGCAAUGCGAUGAUGCUGCAGCAGCCUCCUGCUGCUUCACUGAGGGACAGGGACUCCUUGGGCGGCUGGUAGAAAGUCCCACCCCAGGACUCCUGGAGGGCAAUGUGGGGAGAGGCACCCGGCAGUAGGUGUGAGGUGAUCUAGCCCGGCUCCCACAGUAGCCUGGCUCUCUGGUGUCUGAGGAUGAGUUUGACCCCCACCGGGGGAUGCCUCCUGGACCUGCCCUGGGAAGACAUCUUGCUUCCACACAUUCUCUGUCAUCUGCCACUGCAGCAGCUCCUGAGCUUGCAGAGGGUCAGCAAGUCAUUCCAGUCUCUCAUCCAGCUGUACCUGGCCAACAUGCGCUGCUUUGACUCAAGCCAGAUCAGACCUGGCAUCCCUCGAGCUGCUUUUGUUAACCUGUUGAAGGACAACAAAGUACUGCAGCAGCUGGCACUCCAGAACUGCUCCGACUGGCUGACGGACUGCGAGCUGCUCCCAGUCAUCGAGCAGAACCACCACCUCCACCAGAUCCAGCUGAAGGGCUGCGUCCAGCUCAGCCGCCACGCGCUGGUGACCAUCUCGCUGAGCUGCCCCAACCUGCGCCAGCUGUCCCUGGCUCAGUGUGACUGGGUGGACAGCCUGGCCCUGCGCAGUCUGGCUGACCACUGCAAGGCCCUGGAGGCUGUGGACCUGACAGCCUGUCGCCAGCUGAAGGACGAGGCCAUCUGCUACCUGGUGCAGAAGUGCAGCAGGCUCAAGUCUCUGUCGCUGGCCGUCAAUGCCAACGUCGGCGACGUGGCCGUUGAGGAGACUGCCAAGUGCUGCCCUGAGCUGGAGCACUUGGACCUCACAGGGUGUCUGCGAGUCAAGAAUGACUCCAUCAGGGUCCUGGCUGAGUACUGUCCCAAGCUGCGCUCGCUGAAGGUCAAGCAUUGCCACAACGUGGCUGAGUCCAGCUUGAGCGUCCUCCGAAGCCGUGGGGUGGAGCUGGAUGUGGAGCCUCCCCUGCAGAGGGCUCUUGUUCUCCUGCAGGACGUGGUUGGCUUCGCCCCUUUCAUCAACCUUCAGAUCUAGAACUGCUGCUGCCGGGGAGGGGGGGACUGACGCAAUGCUGGGAUCCCGGAAGGAUGCCGGAACUGGCUGCUGUGGAGACGUGCAGAGGGAGAGGUCGGUCCCGUUGGUGAGGCUGGCCUGAGUGGGACUCACUCUUUCCUCUGGGGCUGUUUAGUAGCCACUGAGUGUUCACGAAUAGGCUUCAUUGCUGCCUCUGGGGAAAGUAACUCCCUCUGCAGUGGUGUGGAGAGAGCGAGUGACUUGCAGGAACACCAUGGUGCUGAACAGGCCUUGGCCAGGCCAGCUAAUAGAUAGGAUUUACUAUU